AGCCUACCUGCCGGGGCCUCGGCCGACCGCCCCCACCCCCUCUCCUGUCGCUGCCGCCCUCCUCUUCCUCGUCCUGACGCCCCCCUCCCGCCCGGAAAGCUGCCCAGCCACCAGCAACCCCCCAGUGCCACCAUGGCAACUGCACCAUACAACUACUCUUACAUCUUUAAAUAUAUUAUUAUUGGGGACAUGGGAGUAGGAAAAUCUUGCUUGCUUCAUCAGUUUACAGAAAAAAAAUUUAUGGCUGAUUGUCCUCACACAAUUGGUGUUGAAUUUGGUACAAGAAUAAUUGAAGUUAGUGGCCAAAAAAUCAAACUGCAGAUUUGGGAUACAGCAGGACAGGAGCGGUUUAGAGCUGUUACACGAAGCUACUACAGAGGAGCUGCGGGUGCACUUAUGGUGUAUGAUAUCACUAGAAGAAGUACAUAUAACCACUUAAGCAGCUGGUUGACAGAUGCAAGGAAUCUCACCAAUCCAAAUACUGUAAUAAUUCUCAUAGGAAAUAAAGCAGAUUUGGAGGCACAGAGAGAUGUUACAUACGAAGAAGCCAAACAGUUUGCUGAAGAAAAUGGCUUAUUGUUCCUUGAAGCAAGUGCAAAAACGGGAGAGAACGUAGAAGAUGCUUUCCUUGAGGCUGCCAAGAAAAUCUAUCAGAACAUUCAGGAUGGAAGCCUGGAUCUGAAUGCUGCCGAAUCCGGUGUACAACACAAACCGUCAGCCCCGCAGGGAGGCCGGCUAACCAGUGAGCCCCAACCUCAGAGAGAAGGCUGUGGCUGCUAGUGACCUCUUUGCUGUGGCCCCUCAUUUGACCUUUCACCUCUGUCUGUUGGAAGCAGUACUUUUUACUGCCACGUUGUCUUCUGUACAUCUUACUGGGUUUAAUUAAAAAAAAAAAAAACAAAGAAAAAAAACAACUCUGUUGUAAAAACAGUUUAACACAAUACUAAACUGCUAAACAACUAGAUGUAAUCAGGUUAUCAAAGGCAAGUAGAGUAAUAAAUCUCUCCUGCAUGGUAAAUCUAGACUUUUUUUUCCCUCCUCGAUUGUCUUUGUGAUAGAUAUGUCACCAAUAUAUGAUUUAAACUGAGCACUGAUGCUGGACUUGAUGAUUUUUACCUUCCCUCUUUGGCAAGGCAUUGUCUCACUGUACGGUUUAAUUUGCUGAUAUCUUCAGCCUUUCUCCCUCACUUUGACUGUUUGUCUGUUGCAACCAUUGCUGUGAAAUGACUUCUGAUGGUAGAGAAGGGGUUCUACAACUGCUUUUGUUUUGUUGGAUAAAUUCCCUGUUGUCAGGUGGCAUUUUUCUUGAUGAGUUUUGCUUCUGUCUUAGCCUUGCACAGGGAGAAAUAUCCAUUUAUCUUUUCUCUCAUGCUUAAUAGCUUUAUCUCUCUUUUUUUUUUACACACCAUUUAUCCUUUUCUCUUUAACAGAAAGUAAAUAUGUAUAAAAUUUGAAGGAACCGAACUAACAAUACAUCCUGUGUAUAUUAUUUUAAUGAAGAAAAUAAAUUGAUUACUGGCAUUGGAACAGUAUAAAAUACCAGUUUGUACAGUAUGACCUGUAUGUGACCAUGUUACUCCCUGCCAUUUCACACAAGGAAAUAGACACAACUGCAGUUCACAAGUAAUACUGGCUCCACCCCUUGGUGCUGGCAGUGUUUGGGGACAUUAUGCUGGAAAGAGCUCCUAGCGUCAGCAGAUUUAACACUAGCAGAUUCUGUUCCAUCUUUGCACUGUGGCUUACCUGCUGAUUUUCUUAACUGUUCUUGUGCAAUCGACAAUGUGCUAACCUGCUUUUCUCUUUUUGUAAACAUUUUGCAUUACGGGCUGCAUUCUUGCCUUACUGUAUAGAAAAAGAAAAAAGGCUGGGUUUAUUAUUGCACAUUUUAAGCUUUUAUAUCUUUAUCUUCUUGGAAUGGUCGAGAUUGUGAACCAAAUAGCCAGAACCAUAGGUCUGCUGUUAAGGGAUUUUAAAUUGUGCAUUUUUAACACCACAGUGAAAUGGGAUUAUCCCUUGUGUUCAUAGUGGGAGGGGCUAGUUUAUGUCAUGUUGGCAUAAAUCAUUUUGUAAAAGGGAAAGUGUUUCUAAUGGUGUUUCAGUGUUUGUGCUGAUACAAAGUAAGUUAUUACUUUGCACUAGGUGGUUUGGCCACUGAAAGAAUACAUAUUUUAAGAGAAACAAUCUUCCUUCUUUAGAAAACUGUUUUCCUAAGUUCUUCACUUCUGUUGAUUGCUUUUUAAUUGAGUUUAUGGUUCAGUGGCUGGGGAUUGAGAAGUUACUGGAAGUGUAGGAUAGGUAAACCUGAGCAUAUUAUAUAAAAUGCGCUCAGCUCAACUGCUGUGUUUUAAAUACACAUUUUAAAUCCCUAUUUACAGACACUAACGUAAAGUUACAUCUUUCUGGGCUAUAAACCUGUCAUAGUUCCAGAGUAUUGUAUAGUCAAUGUUAAAUAAAAGCCAAAACUGGAAUGUGCAGAAAAAUAGGAUUUGGUUUAUUUGUGGACUCAUUUUUAUUUUUGUCUCUGCUAAACUUUUUUAAGGAGAUUCCUGGAGUGGAUUGGGAUAUUCUGUUAGGCUUACAGUGGUCCAUUUUGCUUACACUGUUGCAUCACAAGGGAUUUGCCCAGGGACCAUGACCUGCUGGUGUGUGUAAAUAUUUACAAAAACAAAACAAACCACCUACUGGGAUAUAAGGUAGCAAUCACAAACUAAAGACUCCUUGUUUAGGUGCAAUACCCUGAUUCCCAAAGUUAGUUACAGUGGGUCUUAAUUGUUUUUGUGACAGAAGGAUUUAUUCAGACUGCUGUACUCUUCAUUUGAUGUAACAAAAUGCUAUUAAUCUAAAUAUUUGUAAAUAAAGUACCUGUAUCUAGAUUAAAUUAAAA